AUGUUAUAUACAAAAUUUGGUGCCCGUUUUGUAUUUUUGUCAGCUGGAAUACUUUCAACAAUAUCUACGGGAUUAUUACCUUUUGCUGCUUCUAAAGGAAUGAUUGAAUUUACAUUAAUUAGAUUAAUUCAGGGUUUUGCUUAUGGGGCUAAUUUUGCAGCUAUUGGGUUUGUUUGUCAACGUUGGGCUACUUUACAGCAACAUGGAUUCUUUUUAGCUUGUAUGACUACAUUUAAUGGUCUUUCUGUUACUUUGACUAAUCCAGUUGCUGCAUUUGUAGGUUUAAAGCAGAGGUGA